AUGGGAGACGUUAUCAAGGAAGAAAAUGGCACAAAGCGCAAGGCUUCGGAGGACCCCACCUCGCCCGCUGCAUUGAAGCGUAUUAAGCAUGACGAAUCUGUCGACGCAGCCGAGGAAAAGAAGCCCGUGGCCAUGAAACCAAUUCCAUUCCCUGAAAAGCCUGCCGUUAUCGAAGAGCGCAACGGCGAGAUUGAAUUUCGAGUUGUGAAUAACGACAACGAGCGCGAGUCCCUGAUCAUUCUUACCGGGCUAAAAUGCAUAUUCCAAAAACAGCUUCCCAAGAUGCCAAAAGACUAUAUUGCGCGUCUAGUAUACGACCGUACGCAUUUAUCGAUUGCCAUAGUCAAGAAACCAUUGGAGGUCGUUGGCGGAAUCACGUAUCGACCAUUUAAGGGUAGACAGUUUGCGGAGAUUGUGUUUUGCGCUAUCAGCUCUGACCAGCAAGUCAAGGGGUAUGGUGCACAUCUUAUGUCCCAUCUAAAGGAUUAUGUCAAAGCAACCAGCGACGUCAUGCACUUCCUAACGUAUGCUGAUAAUUACGCUAUUGGGUACUUCAAGAAACAAGGCUUCACUAAGGAAAUCACUCUUGAUAAAAGUGUUUGGAUGGGAUACAUCAAAGAUUAUGAAGGGGGCACUAUUAUGCAGUGCUCCAUGCUACCCCGGAUCCGAUACCUCGAAAUGGGCCGUAUGUUGCUCAAACAAAAGGAAUGCGUGCAGGCCAAAAUACGCGCAUACUCAAAAUCACACACUGUCCACGCACCACCAAAGGAGUGGAAGAACGGUGUCAGAGAAAUCGAUCCUCUAGAUAUCCCUGCCAUUCGCGCAUCUGGCUGGUCCCCCGACAUGGACGAACUGGCUCGCCAACCCCGACACGGCCCCAACUACAACCAACUCCUGCACCUACUCAACGACCUCCAAAAUCACCAGUCUGCGUGGCCGUUCCUCGUCCCCGUUAACCGCGACGACGUGGCCGACUACUACGAGGUCAUCAAAGAGCCCAUGGAUCUCAGCACCAUGGAAAACAAGCUCGAGGCGGACCAGUACGCCACCCCAGAAGACUUCACCAGAGACGCCAAGCUCAUAUUUGACAACUGCCGCAAAUACAAUAACGAAAACACGCCAUAUGCAAAGUCAGCUAAUAAACUGGAGAAAUUCAUGUGGCAGCAAAUCAAGGCCAUCCCGGAGUGGUCGCACCUCGAGCCGGAGAAAUAG